ACGAGUAGAACAUACGAAGUUUCUAACCUGAUUAGGACACUGUUCCCAGUAAUAAUUAUAUUAAUCUUUAUGGUAAAUAUUAGUAAAUAAAAUCGGUAAAUAAAGGUGACAUAUUGGUAAAUGAAUAGUGUAGAAUGAAACUUUAUAGAAACGGAAACCUGAGAACCAAAAUUCAAUUGACCGCGCAGCUCUCUGCCACUACGGUGCCAAUCCCAUAUGCGCUCUUGGCCUAACAAUGCUCCUUCUCCUUCGGUUCCACAGCUCACCACGCAGAUCCACUACAGCAUCCUUGGUGGUUUUGUUUAUCCUCCCCAUCAGAACCUUAGCGGACUCUCAUCAUCCAGCUCAUUUAUCAUUUCUUGUGUUGUCAGGAACUCUCAUCCUAAAGCUAGCUAUUUGCCUAAAACUAAGAGAGCACCGCACUCCAUUUCUCUGGUUUCAGUUUCAGUUUCUUCUUAUUCUCAUCAGAAGAUUGUUCCACCAUCGGCUUUCAGUGGUGAUGCUUUGAGGUUUAAGGAGGAACUCUUUAAGAAAUUUAAUGAAAUUUAGUUGUAGAGUUUGAUUCAAUCAAGUUCUUUUCCUUGGUGAGUUUUGGAUAAAGGUCUCGUUUUUCGGUGAGUUGAAAUGAGUGUUGUAGGUUUUGAUAUUGGAAAUGAGAACU